AAAUUAAAAAAAGACCGCUGCCUGGUUUCUGUAUACAGAAUGCACUUUGGUUAUAACAUUUGUAAAGUUGACUUGGUACAGAUUGAUUAACCACUUUUGUUUAGGAUAUAGAAAAAUAUAUUGUGCUCUAACGCCAAUAAGUUAAGUGAAUAAUGAAUAGUUAAAUACAUGUUAUGCUUGAUGUCUGUGAGUUUCGAAAUUACUUAUUACUUAUUAUUUAAAAAUUAUUUGUUUUGUAUUUUUCAUGCACAUAUGAUGAAACACAAUACAGUUAGCUGGUGCCAAUCACAGCUGAAAAAGGGUGAAACCGCACCGUUAAUAUUUUGAUGGCGCCAUGUAAAUUACUUGUCUUGGCUUAACAUUUAUUUUAACUGAAAAUCAAAUGGUUACAUCUGUUGAAGUUAAAUAUUAUAUUAAAUGUAAUAUAUUUCAACCUUGCAACAAAUUUAUUUUCAUUAAAACCAUAAAAACACUCUCCUCUCACUAAGACUCGCUCACACACAUCUUUACAUAAAAAUGCAUUCAGUCACACACUGGCUAUAACAGAUCAUUAGAAUUAAAAAACACCCUUAAAGAAGCUAAGGAAAAGCUAUAUCAUGUGAGGGAAGAUGAGGAAAUACCAAAAAUUAAACAAAAAUUGGAAUAAAAUACAAUAUAUAUAAAGACAUUGUUCAGUUAACAGUCAUUUGAAAUGAAAAAGUUCAGGAGAUCGAAUACAUUUAUUAAGUUAAUAGCUGAAUAAAACUUGAGAUGGGAUCAAUUGAAUGUAUAAUGUAAGAUAAUGGUAAUACAAAAUCACAAAAAGUAAAAGCCAGACCAAAAAGGUAGAAGUCCAUCUUACAACAAAUAAAGUGCAAAACACCUAUAAAUUCUAUUUAUCCUUCUCACUCACUUCAAUCACGCAACCAACGCAAACAUUUUCUUCUUCAGUAAUGUUCAUUAAAUCACUGGUUUCUACUGUGUCUUUACAGUUUGAGAUUUUUUACUGCCCUACAUACAGUUUGAUAGCACUAACAUAGCUUCUUAUAUGUAAAUAUUUUCUUGUUUCCUUGCUUCAUAUACCAAAUCAUUAAAUUGUCAUAAAUGGAACAAAUAACGUUUGAGAACAUCAUCUUUUUGAGGUUUGGGGAACACAUCACUCAACAUUUUCUGACAUUUUGUGGUACUUGAUUAAUCGAGUAAUCUAUCAACAAAAUAAUCAAUUAUGAAAUAAUCAUUAGUUGCAGCCUUAAUUGUUAGAAAUAUAAUGUAUUAACUGUAUUAUACAACCAUUUACCUCACACACCCAGGAAUAUUUGUAGAAAAUAUAUCAAACAUCUUCUUACAUUGAGUUGAUAUUAAAAUACAUACACUGGCAGGAUCUUCUUAUCAUCUUUUCCGUGUCACAUUCACCACAGUUACAAAUGAAAUCCUCCUUUGUUUUUUUGUUGUGUCCUCCAGUCCCCCAUGUAUGACGGGAAGGUCCCUCACUGGCACCACUUCUCCUGCUUCUGGCAGCGAGCAGCACCUCAGUCCACUGCUGACAUUGUUGGGUACGCUGAUCUCCGCUGGGACGACCAGGGUAAAGUCAAAAAGGCCAUUGAAAGUGGUGGAGCUGUAGGAAAGAGUGGAGCUAAAUAGGAGAAGACAUUAGCGACUUUGCAGCGGAUUAUGCCAAGUCAAACCAUAGCUCAUGCAAAGGUUGUGAGCAGAAAAUAGAAAAGGAUCAGAUUUGUGUGUCUAAGAAGUCUGUGGACCCAGAGAAACCUCAGCUGGGUCUGAUUGACUGCUGGUACCACACAGCGUGUUUCGUGAGUCGCAGGGAGGAGCUGGCCUUCAAACCUGAAUACAGUGCUGCCCAGCUGAAGGGUUUCAACACACUACGGGCUGAAGACAAGGAAGAGCUUAAGAAGAGACUUCCUGCUAUGAAAUCUGAAGGAAAGCGCAAAUCAGAUGAGGUUGAUGGAGUGUCAAAGAAACAAAAGAAAGAAGACGACGACGAGAACAAAAGGCUGGAAGAGCAGUUGAGGAACCAAAGCCAGCAGAUUUGGGGAAUCAAGGACAAGCUGAGGAAAUAUUGUUCAAUUAAUGAUAUGAAGGAGCUGCUGAUCGCAAAUGGACAGGUGGUUCCCUCUGGAGAGACCAAUGUGGUCGACUGCCUGGCUGACUGUAUGGCCUUUGGUGCUCUCGAGGCCUGUCAGGAGUGCAAGGGCCAGCUGGUGUAUAAGGGAGAUGCUUAUUACUGCUCAGGGUUUACAGGGUUUACCCAAAGGAGGCUUCCAAUCAAACUGACAGCUGCCAGUGCCUGGCGAGUGCAUCCAGUGCCCCGUCCAAGCAACUGCCAGGGGGAGCACCUUCAGUCCCCCAUGUAUGAGGGAAAGGUCCGUCACCGGCACCACUACUCCUGCAUCUGGCAGCGAGCAGCACCUCAGUCCACUGCUGUCAUUGCUGGGUACACUGACCUCCGCUGGGACAACCAGGGUAAAGUCAAAAAGGCCAUUGAAAGUGGUGGAGCUGUAGGAUCAGAUUGUGUGUCUAAGAAGUCUGUGGACCCAGAGAAACCUCAGCUGGGUCUUAUUGACUGCUGGUACCACACAGCGUGUUUCGUGAGUCCCAGGGAGGAGCUGGCCUUCAAACCUGAAUACACUGCUGCCCAGCUGAAGGGUUACAACACACUACGGGCUGAAGACAAGGAAGAGCUUAAGAAGAGACUUCCUGCUAUGAAAUCUGAAGGGUGAGACCAAAAGUGAAUUAUUUUAGUUGUAUUGUGUAGAAUCUUUGUAUUUUCUUUGUAAAUCUUUGUAUUAUAGUAUUGAUGGUGUUUAGCUCUGGUGUUCAGCUUCACCCUCUCUACCUUCACAACUGUCCAUAUUUGCAGCCUCUCUGUUUCUCACCGGUCGGCAGCAUAAGAAAAUGGCUUUAAAAGUGUCCCUGAAUGACGUCAUUGUGUACGCAUACAGGAAAGGGUUAACAGCAGAGUUUGCAUGUGACAGUAUGAUGGUAGUGAGCAGCAGCUCGAAUGGCACUGGACAGACUGGGCAUAGAACCAGGAAGCAGUUAAUCACAUGGAGUGGGAUCCAGCAGAUUGUGAAAAGGAAAAGAACCAGAAAAAGUGACGUGGCCGUCUUCAUCUCGCGGCGUAUGCUCGCCGCAUCCCUCAUCUGCUUUCCCCCUCGACCACUUUGCUCAGAUGCGAUGCGUCUCAUCUGCCGCUUGACCAUAACAAAGAUACGAGCGUAGAUGAGAUACAUGAUCAACAGAGGUAUCAACACACAAACAAAGAACAUUAAGUACACAAAAUAGGUCAUGUCCACCACUAAGACAAAUAAACAGUAGCCUGAAUCAGGUGGUGUCUUGUGCCAGCCCAUCAGAGGCACAAGCCCAAUGAAGAAGGUCAGCAGCCACGUGGUGAGGAUGACCAGCAUGGCAUUUCGAGAUGUCAUCAAGGCCUGGUAGCGAAACGGCAUGAAGAUGGCCACAUAGCGGUCUACGGCAACUGCCAACAGGCUAAAGAUGGAACUCUGGGUGAAAAUUAUCAGCACACUGAGCAUGAGAAGACAUAGGUAAAAACUGUGACGUGGUAAACCGACAUCUGUCAGGAUGGCACAGGGAAUGGCAAUAGUGCCCACACAGAUGUCAGCAACUGCAAGCGAGACCAGAAAGUAGUUGGUGACGGUGCGUAGAUUGCGGUUGAUGCAGACAGCGAUACAGACCAGUAAAUUACCGACUGUGGAGAGAAACGCGAUGACGAGCUCAGCUGCCAUGUACGCGACAUUGGGGGAAAUCACCAAGUCAGCAGGUGGUGAUGAGGAGGAGGGAGAAGCUGAUGAAGAGUUGUAGUAAGGUUGUACAAUAGUGAAAGACAGAUUUGAAGAGUUUCUUGUUUGUUGGAAGGUGUGAAGGCUCAAUAAUGUGUUUUCCAUAGUUUUCCUAAA